AUGCGUGCCUUUAUUGUCUUGUGUUUGGUGGCUGCUGCCUGUGCCCAAUAUAACUAUAAAGUGGGAGGAGGAGUUGGUGGUGGCUUUGGUGGCGCCGUAGGAGGAGGAGUUGGCGGAGGUUUUGGUGGCUCUUCAUCAUUUGGUUCAGGUGCUUCGUUUGGCGGUUCUGGAUCUGGCGCAUCAUUCGGUGGUUCCGUUGGUUCAGUUGGCUCAUUUGGCUCUGGUGGAUCUUCUUUCGCUGCCUCGGGUCCAGCAUUCGGUGGUGCCGAUGGUGCUGUUGGUGCCUCUGCCUACCAGGCUCCAGCCCAAAGUGUUUUAGAAAAGGAAUUCUACACCUUCACUGCCGAUGAACAAGAUUUCAAUGAGCCCGCUGCCACCAAUCCCAUCUCCAACAACUUUAAGCAAGGUCUUCGCGUCAUCUUCAUUAAGGGUCCCGAAAAUCAAGGCUUGGAAAAUGCCGCCCUCUCUCUGGCCAAGAAUGCCAACGAACAGAAGACUGUGAUCUAUGUCCUCAACAAGCAAGCCGAUCUUUCUGGUUUGGCCAACAAACUGAGCACCGAAAACAGCAACGUCAACGCCAAGCCCGAAGUCCACUUUGUCAAAUAUCGCACCCCCGAAGAUGCUGCCAAUGCCCAAAGAGCCAUUCAAGCUCAAUAUGAUUCUUUGGGUGGCAAAACUCAACACUUUGAUGGUGGUGUUGCCUCAUCUCUCAAUUUCGCCUCCAGUGGUUCUGCUGGUGCUGGCCACCAAGGAUCUUUCGCUUCAGGAGGUCAUGGCUCAAGCGGCUUCGGUUCCACUGGUGGAUUCGGUUCCAGUGGUGGUUUCGGCUCCAGUGGCUCCUUCGGUGGUUCAAGCGGAUCUUUCGGUGCUGCCACUAGUGCAUCAUAUCUCCCAGCUAAUCUUCAUCGCCGCACUUAA